UUUCAGUAUUCCAAGAAGUCAUACCGCACACCUCUCUGCAAUCUUAGCACUUUGUUCCCCUUGUCCACAAGUCUUGACCUGUUCCUUCUUACCUUUCCUUUCUCCAAGCAUACACCUUGUCUCGUCAUCACAAUGAGCAGCGGAGGUUUCUACAAGUACCGUUGCAAGAACUUUUACUCGCACAAUUGUCCCAAUUGGGUGUGGGUAAACAACUCGCCAUGUGCGACCUGUAUUGCUGAAGGCAGAGAUGCCGAGGAGCAAUCGUUGCCAUCUUCGACGGCCUGUCAAGUUGACAUUGUCGCACCUCGUAUCCGAGACGACAUCUUACAAGAUACAUUCAUGGAAUCUGUUGCCCCAAGUGACGUUGGAGAGAGCUGGAUCCUCCACGACAAGGGCAAUGACAUUAUCGACAAUGACGAACUGUCACAGAUUGUGCCAUUGAGAAACAGCGCCAUGCCAUCUUCGUAUCGAGCCAAUGCUCGUUGGUAAUUGCCCAAUGGCAGCCAGCUCGAUUGAUUCUAGGGUCUUUUGAAUCAGAUCUCGGCAGCACAACCGUUUGAUGUUGCAACUAUGUAGGUAGGAGACGCAGGCCUUUUCUGUUCCUGCUUCAAGUCGUAACAAGUGUCAUGACCUGAUGGAUAAUGAAGGGCUGCUCUCACACAUUCCUUUGAAGAACACGGGAUGGGAAUGGGAAUUGGCUAGGAUAGGUUCACUGGUUGAAGCGAGGGAAAAAGUUCGGCGUUGGUUCAAAAGAGAAGGAGAUCCGGAUUAGAGCAAAAAAAAAAAAUUGAGAUAAAAAAUUUUUGCGCUACCCUGUUGCAGCAGUCCUUGGCUGUUGCGGCGGGAUGGCCUGAU